UGGUAGCGGCGGAGGUAGGGAGGAAUCUGUUGAGCCGCCAUUUCGUGAAGACUGGGCUCCCAACGUGCCGGGAAUAUGGUCUUACAGGAUAGGUGAGGAGAGAAGACGCGACCGAAGAGUGAGGUGCAUUAGAUAUUGUUUUGAGAACUUUCUGUAAAUGGACACCAGCACCAUGUCAUUUGUUGAAGGAGUUGGUGAUGAAGUCACAGUCCUGUGUGGAAUAGUCUUCCUGGUACUGGCACUUGUUCUUGCUUGGCUCUCCACACAUGUUGCUGAUCGUAGUGAUCAAAUAUUUGGGACCAUUGUUACCACGGGGAACUCGUUAGUAGGGUUAAGCAGCGUAGAGCAGUACGUGGCAAAUGCAGCAACACCUGAAACUGAUGAAGCCCAGACAGCAACUGUCCCUAUUGAGCAAAAGCCAGAGGAAGAAAAUGAUUCUGGCCUUGGAGCGUCAACUAGAAAUAAUGGUCCCACCAAUGAGCAGGUGCCAAUUGAAGAAGCUUCCAGUUUAACCGAUGCAAAUAUUGAUCCUCUUUUGAACAUACAAGGUUUGCGCAAGCGAGCAUCAACCAGUGAACUUAGUACUGAAGAGGUUCUGGAGCAUGGAUUGCUUGAGGACUGUGAUGCUCAUACGUCCAUAGUGAAUAGUGUUGAAGAGACUGAAGGGCAAAUUAAAGUGAGGCUAAAAUUUUUAAAUGAUACUGAAGAGGUAGCAUUUGUAAAACCAGAUGAUACAAUUGGAUUUCUGAAAAGCAAAUAUUUCCCAGGACGAGAGCAACAAAUGAAGUUCAUUUACCAAGGCCAGCUUCUGCAAGAUCAGUCCCGCACUCUUAGAUCGCUCAACAUCAAAGACAACUGUGUUAUUCAUUGUAAUAUUUCACAAACUUCAUCCUCUCCCGGCCCUGCUGUUUCUUCAAUGGUGGAACAGAACCAAUCUGCCCUUAAUGUUGGUAAUCUGAUGAUCCCAAUUUUUGUCAUCAUGCUUGCUGUAGUCUGGUACUACCGCAUUAACUACCGCCAGUUUUUCACUGCACCAGCCACAGUUUCCCUGGUUGGUGUUACUGUUUUCUUCAGUUUCCUUGUAUUUGGCAUUUAUGGUCGUUAAAGGCACAAUGAUAUUUCCUCUCUUUUCAUCAAUGCUUAUCCAGAUUAAAGUGAAUAUAGUGUUAUUGGUCAAUGUUGGAAUAAAAUGUGAUGUUGAAUCAAUGUAUUUACGAAAAGUAAAAUAGAAACCCACUUUAGCAUUGAUUAUCACAAUGAGCAGAUUUUGUGAUGGGAAAUUAAUUACCUGAUUUAAAAAGGGAUAUUAAGUCAAAAAACUUAAUAAAAUCAAAUCCUAUUAAAUAUAAAUGUCCUCCAAAAGAAAAUAUGAUCUUUUGUUGUAUGUCAGGUCUUCUAUAUUGAAUUAAUAUUUUUCAUCUUUGUGGGUUACUGUCUGUGUAUCAGAAAUUUAAAAAAUUUAAAUUAGAUUUUCAGCAAGCAUUCAUUUAUUUGGAAUUCCUGUAUUUACAUAGUCUGUCUAAUGACUUGAGAUGCGACUAUGUUAUUAUAAAACAUAAUAAAAUUAUUGCACUAACA